AUGAGUGACCUGGAUGUUGAUGACUUUGCUUACUCGGAUUCAGAAGAAGAAGAAACAAGAGUCUUCAUCAAUAAGAAACAAGUGAAUAAUGAUAGAUUUGCCAUUGAUGAUGACUUCAACCAGGAUAACGUUUCAGAUGAAGAGGCAAUAGAUCAUGACGAAGUAGAUCAAGAAGAUGAAGCUGAAGACAAAGAUAUCUCUCAGUCUUCAGAAGGUCAGGAAACAAAUGACACGAAGUCUAGAAAGGAGAAAAAGGUCAAAAAGCUAACCCUGGAGCAGCUUGAGAAGGAGCAAAAGAGAAUUAAAAAGACAGGUGUGUGUUACUUCUCCAGUUUGCCACCAUAUAUGAAACCCGCAAAGUUACGUUCAGUUCUCUCAAGGUUUGGUAAGAUCGAUCGUUUAUUUUUAAAGCCCGAAGAAACUGCCAUUUAUCACAAGAGAGUCAAAUAUGGUGGAAACAAGAAGAAAAACUUUACCGAGGGUUGGGUUGAAUUUGUUAAUAAAAAGGACGCUAAAUUAUGUGCAUCAACUUUAAAUGCAAAUAAGUUAGGUGGAAAAAAAACUUCAUACUAUUAUGAUGAUAUAAUGAACAUCAAAUACUUAUCUGGAUUCAAGUGGUUUGACUUAACACUGCAAAUUGCUAAAGAGAAUGAAAUUAGACAGGCAAAACUCGCUUUGGAAAUUUCCCAACAGCAAAAGUUGAAUAAAAACUUCAUCAAUAAUGUUGAGAAAUCCAAAAUGAUCUCGGGAAUUCAGAGGAAGCGGAAAGAAAGAGAACAACAGGGUCAUGAGCAAGCUCAUGAAGAAGGUAUAAGAAGAAGUUUCAAACAGCGCAAGGUAACCAGUACACGCGCUGACCUGAAAGAUGAGCUUAAGGAGAAGUCGGUUCCUAAUCAAAAAUUAAGUGGGGUGCUAUCGCAAGUAUUUUAG